GCCCAGAAGGAAGCUAGUGAAUCAAUUCUGUGUCUGCUCUCAGCCUCUCAAUCUAACGCGUGAUCACAAACAGGCAUUUGAAAAGGCUAACGGCCUCGACCAAUGAACACCAAACAAAAAUAGCAAAAAAGAAAAGAAAAAAGGAAACUAGAGAGAGAGAUGCUGAGCAGAGCAGCUUCUGUUUCCGUAUCUGCAAACCCAUCAAACCACUUGUUGUUGUUCAGCAGGAAUUCUCAGUUACACAACAAUCUCUCGUAUGCUGCUUCCUCAUCCAACUUUCCGAGCAUCACACGGAACAACAACACCUCUAGAAUCUCGAGGAUGAUCAACACUUUCACAACCCGAGCAACCGCGCAGCCUCUCCAGAAUGCUGACGAGCUCAUCGACUCUGUCGAGACCUUCAUCUUCGACUGCGACGGAGUUAUAUGGAAAGGAGAUAAGCUGAUAGAUGGCGUCCCAGAAACUCUUGAUAUGCUACGGUCCAAGGGCAAACGAUUAGUCUUCGUUACCAACAACUCAACAAAAUCUAGGAAGCAAUAUGGUAAAAAGUUUGAAACACUUGGUCUGAAUGUCAGUGAGGAAGAAAUUUUUGCUUCAUCGUUUGCUGCUGCUGCCUAUUUGAAGUCCAUAAAUUUUCCAAAAGAUAAAAAGGUUUACGUGAUUGGUGAGGAUGGAAUCUUGAAGGAGCUUGAGCUUGCUGGGUUUCAAUACCUUGGUGGACCUGAAGAUGGAGGGAAGAAGAUAGAGCUGAAGCCUGGAUUUCUGAUGGAGCAUGAUGAGAGCGUUGGAGCUGUUGUGGUUGGGUUUGAUCGAUAUGUCAACUACUUCAAAAUUCAGUAUGGGACACUCUGUAUACGUGAAAACCCUGGAUGUCUUUUCAUAGCAACAAAUCGUGAUGCUGUCACUCAUCUCACAGAUGCUCAGGAAUGGGCAGGUGGUGGUUCCAUGGUUGGUGCUAUUCAGGGAUCUACUCAGCGUGAGCCACUGGUUGUGGGAAAGCCUUCGACAUUUAUGAUGGACUACUUAGCAAAUGAAUUUGGCAUACUGAAGUCACAAAUUUGCAUGGUCGGGGACAGAUUGGAUACUGAUAUUCUGUUUGGACAAAAUGGUGGUUGCAAAACUCUUCUUGUUCUCUCAGGUGUCACUACUUUAUCAGUGCUUCAAAAUCCCAGCAACACCAUACAACCAGAUUUUUACACCAACAAAAUUUCAGACUUCUUGUCUCUCAAGGCUACAACUGUGUGAUUACUUUUAUUGAUUAUUGAUGAUGCCAGUAAAACCAAUCUUGUUUUGGGAUGUAAUACUGGCUAACUUAUUCUUUCUAGUAUCUAAGGGCAGGAUAUAAAUUUCUGAAUUUAAAAGGAAACCAUGUCACUUUUUCAAACCAAAAAACUGCAAAUUUAUGCCAACCCAGAUGUAGGCAAGCAGACACUGCCUUACUGUUGACUAGUGUUUUUAUUAUAUAUCCUAAACAAACAACUCUUUUUCCUCUGUAUUAGGUUAGUUGGAAACAUUUUUG